AACCGAUGUAAACCGGUAAUUUCGGUUUCCAUAACCUGGUUAUGACUUUAUGAUUACGUAUUAAUCAUUCGGUUGGGCUGUCUCAAUCCAUGUGUCCCACAGAUGUAAUUUAACAUAUUUUGAAACAGUGUAGUGAUCUCUCUCUUUGAUUUGUUCUUCUUCAAUGGCGAUUCCAAGGUUUAGCUCUCUGUUACGGUGUAGAAAAUGGGCUAAGAGUGACUGGCUUGUCGCUUCUAUCGGAUUCGUAUUGAUUGUUUUUUUCCUCUCUUUCUUCAUCGAUCCCACUUCAGACUCUAUCCCAUCCGUUGACCGAUCUCGGCCAAUCAUAUCCCCUAGCGAUCUGGUCAAACUGAAGUUGUCGAGUAUAGCUAAAGAGAGAGGAGCUUUUUGUUUGGAUGGAAGCUUGCCUGGGUACCAUUUUCAUGAGGGUUCUGGAUCUGGCUCCCAAAGCUGGCUUGUUCAUUUGGAGGGCGGAGGCUGGUGCAACACAGUUGCGUCAUGUUCUGCUCGAGCAAUGACUAAAUUAGGUUCUUCCAACUACUUUGAACAAGAAGUGGCCUUUCAAGGUGUUUUAAGCAGUGACCCAUCUCAAAAUCCUGAAUUAUUUAACUGGAACAAGGUUGCGAUAAGGUACUGUGAUGGUGCUUCUUUUGCUGGACACCCUGAAGCUGAAUUCAAGAAUGGAACACGGCUUUUCUUCCGAGGUCAGCUCAUUUGGGAGGCUAUUAUUGAUGAACUGUUGUCGAUGGGCAUGUCAGAUGCGAAACAGGCCAUACUUACAGGAUGUUCUGCUGGUGGCUUGGCAAGUCUUAUACAUUGUGACUACUUUCGAGAUCAUCUUCCAAAAGAUGCAGUUGUCAAAUGUGUUUCUGAUGGAGGCUUCUUUCUCAACAUGCCUGAUGUCCUUGGAAACCCAACAAUGAGGUCUUUCUAUCAUGAUGUUGUUAAUUUGCAGGGCGUAGAUAAGAGCUUGGAUCAGAAAUGUGUAGCCAAAACAGAGCCAUCUAAGUGUAUGUUUCCUCAAGAAUUCCUGAAAAACAUAAGAACUCCGGUAUUUCUUGUCAACCCAGCCUACGAUUAUUGGCAGAUUCAAAAUGUCUUGGUACCAACUUCUGCGGAUCCAGAUAAAAGUUGGGCAAAGUGCAGACUCAAUAUUAAGGAAUGUGAUGCCGCACAGAUGAAAGUUCUACACGGUUUUCGCAGUUCUAUGAUGGAUGCGAUUGGGGAAUUUCAUCAGAACAAAGAAGGUGGGAUGUUCAUAGAUUCCUGCUAUGCUCAUUGCCAGACAGUCAUGUCAGUGACAUGGCACUCCCCAACCUCACCAAGAAUCGAAAAUAAGACAAUCGCAGAAUCUGUAGGUGACUGGUACUUCAACCGAAAACCGUUUUUCGAUUCUCCAGAAGCUUAUUCAUCCAGGGAGCAGUCGUUUCCUCAAAAUCCUCAAUCCAGAAAAUGUUCUAACAGUGAAUGGCUUCUCACUGCAAUCGGAAUAGUCUUGAUCGUGUUUUCCUUUUCUUUCUCCAUCGAUUCAACUUCAGACUCCUCCGUUGAUCGUAGCGACCUAGUUAAACUGAAGUUGUCGAGUAAAGCUAAAGAGAGAGGAGCUUUUUGCUUAGAUGGAAGCUUGCCUGGUUAUCACUUUCAUAAGGGUUCAGGAUCUGGCUCCAAAAGCUGGCUUCUUUUCCUAGAGGGUGGAGGCUGGUGCGAUACUAUAGAGUCAUGUUCGUCUCGAGCAAUGACUAGCUUAGGUUCUUCCAGCUUCUUUGAACAUAAAGUGGCCUUUCAAGGUGUUUUAAGCAGUGACCCAUCUCAAAAUCCAGACUUCUUUAACUGGAAUAGAGUUCUGAUACGGUACUGUGAUGGUGCUUCUUUUGCUGGACACCCUGAAGCUGAAUUCAAGAAUGAGACGCGGCUUUUCUUUCGCGGCCAGCUCAUCUGGGAGGCAAUUAUGGAUGAACUGUUGUCGAUGGGGAUGUCACAUGCGAAACAUGCAAUUCUCACAGGAUGUUCUGCAGGUGGCUUGGCAAGUCUUAUACAUUGUGACUACUUUCGUGAUAAUCUGCCAAGAGAUGCAGCUGUUAAAUGUGUUUCCGAUGGAGGCUAUUUUCUCAACGUGCCUGAUGUGCUUGGAAAUCAAACAAUGGGAUCUUUCUUUCAUGAUGUUGCUACCCUGCAGGACGUAGAUAAGAGCUUGGAUCAGAAUUGUGUAGCCAAAAUGGAACCAUCUAAGUGUAUGUUUCCUCGAGAAUUCAUUAAAAACAUAAGAACCCCGGUAUUUCUUGUCAACGCAGCCUACGAUUAUUGGCAGAUUCAAAAUGUCCUGGUACCAGAUUCUGCAGAUAUAGAUGAAUAUUGGGCGAUGUGUAGACUCAAUAUUCAAGAAUGUGAUGCCGCACAAAUGAAAGUUCUACAUGGUUUUCGCAGUUCUCUAAUGGAUGCGAUCGGAGAAUUUCAUCAGAACAAGGAAGGUGGGAUGUUUAUAAAUUCGUGCAACUCUCAUUGCCAGAUGAGAGAGUCAUCAUGGCACUCCCCAACCUCACCAAGAAUCGAAAAUAAGACGAUUGCAGAGUCUGUAGGUGAUUGGUACUUCAACCGAAAACCGGUGAAGCUAAUCGAUUGUCCAACAUGGUCUAAGAGUGACUCGCUUAUCGCUUCAAUCGGAAUAGUCUUGAUCGUGUUUCCCUUUUCUUUCUCUUUUGAUUCGACUUCAGACUCUAUCCCCUCCGUUGAUCGUAGCGAUCUAGUUAAACUGAAGUUGUCGAGUAAAGCUAAAGACAGAGGAGCUUUUUGCUUAGAUGGAAGCUUGCCUGGUUAUCACUUUCAUAAGGGUUCAGGUUCUGGCUCCAAAAGCUGGCUUCUUUAUUUAGAGGGUGGAGGCGGGUGCCGUACAAUUGAGUCAUGUUCUUCUAGAGCAAUGACUAGGUUAGGUUCUUCCAACUUCUUUGAACAUGAAGUGGCCUUUCAAGGUGUUUUAAGCAGUGACCCAUCUCAAAAUCCUGACUUCUUUAACUGGAAUAGAGUUAUGAUACGGUACUGUGAUGGUGCUUGUUUUUCUGGACACCCUGAAGCUGAAUUCAAGAAUGAAACACGGCUUUUCUUCCGCGGCCAGCUCAUUUGGGAGGCAAUUAUGGAUGAAUUGUUGUCGAUGGGCAUGUCGCAUGCCAAACAUGCCAUUCUUACAGGAUGCUCUGCUGGUGGCUUGGCUACUCUUAUACAUUGUGACUACUUUCGAGACCAUCUGCCUAAAGAUGCAACUGUUAAAUGUGUUUCCGAUGGAGGCUAUAUUCUCAACGUGCCUGAUGUCCUUGGAAACCCAACCAUGGGAUCUUUCUUUCAUGAUGUUGUUACCCUGCAGAGCGUAGAUAAGAGCUUGGAUCAGAAUUGUGUAGCCAAAAUGGAACCAUCUAAGUGUAUGUUUCCUCAAGAAUCCCUUAAAAACAUAAGAACUCCGGUUUUUCUUGUCAACACAGCCUACGAUUAUUGGCAGAUUCAAAAUGGCCUGGUACCAGAUUCUCCGGAUCUAGAUGAAAGAUGGUCGAUUUGUAGACUCAAUAUUCAGGAAUGUGAUGCCGCACAAAUGAAAGUUCUACAUGGUUUUCGCAGUUCCCUGAUCGAUGCGAUCGGAGAAUUUCAUGAGAACAAAGAGGGUGGGAUGUUUAUAAAUUCGUGCAAUUCUCAUUGCCAGAUAAGAGAGUCAUGGCACUCCCCAACCUCAACAAGAAUCGAAAAUAAGACGAUUGCGGAGUCUGUAGGUGAUUGGUACUUCAACCGAAAACCGGUGAAGCUAAUCGAUUGUCCCUGCGUAAUUCCACAUUCUCAAAUGGGAAAUGGAGUCGCGAGUUUUAGUGGCUGUUGCGCCGACACCACCGCCGGAAAAUUUUCCAGUCGAAACGAUGUUGGAGUCGGACUGAUUCAAGAAAACCUCGGCCACUCUUUCUGCUACGUUCGUCCAGUUCUCACCGGAUCAAAAUCUUCUUUCCCGCCGGAACCGCCUCUCCGACCCGACCCGAUACCCGGAACAACCACCACUUUCCGUUCGAUCUCCGGCGCCUCUGUUAGCGCCAAUACUUCAACGGCGCUGUCAGCUUCUCCGUUGACAGACGCGUCUGGAUUAGCCUCCGCGUUCGAGAGCUCCAAUAGAUUCGCUUCCUUGCCGCUCCAGCCUGUGCCACGUGGUCCGAUUAAGAAACCGGGUCACGAGUCGGGUCUAUUCGAACGCCGGUUCUUAUCCGGUCCGAUCGAAAGCGGGUUGGUUUCAGGGAAGAAGAAGAAGGAGAAAGCAAAACUGAAGAAAAGUGGAAGCAAAUCAUUUACGAAACCAAAAUAUCACAAGAAAUUUCUUACAUUCAAAAACGUUUUCACGAAUCUGGUAUCUAACAACUUAUCUUCUUCGAAGAAGAGCGUGAUCGAACCGAUCAACUAUUCUGAUUCAUUUGACGGAUCAUCAGAUUCCGAUCAAGGUAGACCUGAGGACAAUUACUCAGGCACGAUUCUGAGCAGCCACGAGAACCCUAGAACCGAGGAAGGAGAAGAAGAAAAGACUGAUGAGUCUGCUUUAGAUGAGCCAAAGAUUCAAUGGGCGCAGGGGAAAGCAGGGGAAGAUCGAGUACACGUCAUCCUCUCGGAAGAAAACGGUUGGCUUUUCGUUGGAAUUUACGACGGAUUCAACGGUCCUGAUCCACCGGAUUAUCUUCUCAACAAUCUCUACACCGCUGUGCUCGGAGAGCUCAAAGAGUUGCAAUGGAACGACAAGUACGAAUCCGAAUCUCACGGGAUGGAACAACAGAGUACGGUCGAGCAUGCAUCCGAUUCGGGUAAAGAAAACUGGCAUACGAUGAAUGGAAACAAUGUUGCUUGUGGAUCAAGAAACGUAACGAGUGACGUGAAGAAGUUGCAAUGGAGGUGCGAGUGGGAGCAUAACUCAAGCAACAAGUCUAAUAAUAUUAAAAGUAAUCACAAGGAAUCUGAUUCGGGUAUGAUUAACCACAAAGACGUUCUUAGAGCUCUUCAACAAGCGUUGAAGAAAACAGAGGAAUCGUUUGAUCUGAUGGUUAAUGAGAAUCCAGAAUUAGCCUUGAUGGGAUCUUGCGUUCUUGUGACAUUGAUGAAAGGAGAAGAUGUUUACGUGAUGAGCGUUGGAGAUAGCCGAGCCGUUUUAGCUAGAAGACCGGAUCUUGGGAUGAAGAAAAUGCAAAAGGACCUUGAGAGAAUCAAAGAAGAGAGUCCAUUAGAGACAAUGUUCGUCACAGAAAGAGGAUUGAGUCUUUUGGUUCCUAUUCAGCUCAAUAAGGAACAUAGCACAAGUGUUGAUGAGGAAGUGACAAGAAUCAAGAUGGAACAUCCUGAUGAUGCAUUGGCAAUAGAGAAUGAUAGAGUAAAAGGUUAUCUCAAGGUCACUCGUGCUUUUGGCGCUGGAUUUCUUAAACAGCCAAAAUGGAACGAGGCGCUUCUAGAGAUGUUUAGAAUAGACUACGUCGGAACAUCACCGUACAUCACGUGCUCUCCGUCGCUACACCACCAUAGACUAACAUCACGUGACAAAUUCCUAAUCCUCUCCUCCGAUGGAUUAUACGAAUACUUCUCGAACGAGGAAGCCAUCUUUGAGGUCGACUCAUUCAUAUCAGCCUUCCCUGAAGGCGAUCCUGCUCAACAUCUCAUUCAAGAAGUCCUCCUUAGAGCCGCCAAGAAAUAUGGAAUGGACUUUCAUGAAUUGCUUGAGAUACCACAAGGAGAUCGUCGGAAGUAUCAUGAUGAUGUUUCUGUGAUUGUGAUUUCACUUGAAGGAAGAAUUUGGAGAUCUUCCAUGUGAAUAUUUUGAAGAGACUCUUACUAAAGUAACAGAAUAAUUUUUCUUUUCUUGGGAUCCCACCGAGUUUUUAUCAUUAUUUGUUGUUACUCAGCAUAUUUUUAACUAUGUUGCAUUUGUUUACCAAUAUAGGUUAGUGAAAACUAUAGUGUAACGCAAGAAGAAUAUAUUGAUUAAUGAUCACGUUGCCUUUUUCUCCAGAUGUACUUUGGCCUCUUAAUCUUUAAUAAAGUCAUAAUUUUUUA